UUGCUCGGCUGUCAUUGCGCUUGCCGUAGAUUUGUGGGAGUUUAUGUAAAAUCAUGAUGGCGGCGGCCUGUACGAGAACGCUGGGUAAGGUCGGCCGGUUAGUUUUAGACACGCCGACGUGCCGUUUUACAAACACUGCGGCAUUCGUGCCGAGAACCUCCAUGAGAUGCCAAGGGAGAGCUUACGGUACCGGUAGCUCGGGGUUUAAAUCCAGACUUUUGCUCGCGGCGCCGGUGCGAGGCAGUGGCAGAGUCCUGGGAUGCGCCUUCUUGCUCGGAGGUGGUUUCGGCUUGUACCAGACCAUCAAACUCACACUUCAACAUCACCUUGCAGAGAAAGAAGCUGACGCAUCAGAUCUGGACACAGACCUGAAAUUGACUCUCUAUCAGUAUAAGACCUGUCCGUUUUGCAGCAAAGUGCGAGCUUUCCUGGAUUAUCAUCGACUGCCAUAUGAAAUCGUGGAGGUCAAUCCCGUUAUGCGGCAGGAGAUCAAGUGGUCGACCUACAGAAAAGUCCCCAUCCUGAUGGUGAACGGGACGGUGCAACUGAAUGACUCUUCAGUAAUUAUUAGUGCUUUGAAGACAUACAUUAGCAGCAAGGACAAAAAGAUAUCUGAGAUUCUUGCUUGUUAUCCUGAAAUGAAGUCAAAGAACGACAGAGGGAAAGACGUGAUAGAGUUUGGCAAUAAGUACUGGGUCAUGGUGCAUGACGCGGAUGCUGAUCAACUAUAUCCUGGAAAAGACAGCAGAAAAGAAGAGAUUAAAUGGCGGACAUGGGCAGAUGAUUGGCUGGUGCAUCUAAUUUCCCCAAAUGUUUACCGGACGCCAACUGAAGCCCUCGCAUCUUUUGACUACAUAGUACGGGAAGGGAAAUUCGGUUCCUUCGAGGGCUUUUUUGCUAAGUAUUUUGGAGCUGCUGCCAUGUGGAUCAUCUCAAAGAGAUUAAAAUAUAAACACAAUCUGCAAGCUGAUGUAAGGCAGGAUCUUUACAAGGCUGUCAAUGACUGGGUGGCAGCCAUUGGAAAAAACAAGCAAUUCAUGGGAGGUGAUGAACCCAACCUUGCAGAUCUGGCAGUGUUUGGAGUUCUGAGGGUUAUGGAAGGCCUUCAGUCAUUUGAUGAUAUGAUGGAACACACCAAGGUGAAGAAAUGGUACAGCCGAAUGCAGAAGGCCACACAACAUGUGUCAUAAAAUCAAAGCUUCUGUCAUUCUGUCAUCGCUGCACCGACAUGAAGCUCUUGAUUAACACAGCACAACUUUAAAAAGCUUGAUGACAUCUAAUGGUAGCCUGCUGGUUUUGCCGUAAAGACUUCCUUUCCAGUAAUUAAACUGGCUUUCAUCUAUUCUUGGCUCAGACUGUAACCUCAAAGCUAAGAAAUUAAUUUAAAGAUAUCAAUAAAAAAAAAAUCCCUGAAAUGGCAUUGAACGCUUUUACUCUGUCAUUAUACUUGACUAGGCUGGAUUUCUGGAUUUCCUUUUACUUUGGAUGGCAACAUGAACCAAUUUCUAUUUAAAGUAAAACAUCCUCUUAUGGUAGUUGUGAAUAAGCUUUACAGGGAUUGUUCUUAAACCAUCCAGUUCUUCAAGUGUGUGGAUUAGUUUGAAGCUAACAUCAGUUUUCACAAAUUACGGUUAAUUGUUUUCGCAUAUGUUGCUCUUUCUUGUUCUUUCGAAUUUCUGCUUCGCUACAAUUGUCAUCAAGUGGCAUUUAGGUUGCUUACUCAAGCUUACAGUUACCUCAGUUUAGAUUGCUCUUCUUUCAAUCUGAGGUUACAGUGACUUCAAAACUUGUUUGCUGAUUGUUCAUAUUAGUUUUCAAAGCCUUGGGUUUAGAUGGUUUAAUUUAAAGGAAAUCUUAAUGAAUAAUGUGAUAGUUUCUAUGGACAUUCAGCCUGUUCAUUUAACCAAGAUAUUAUCUAUGCAUCAUCUUUUGAUUUGACAAGAAUGGUAAAUAUUUGUCAAAGAAAUAAACGUCUCAAGCAUAUGGUCA